AGCGUUUAUAUGAAAAGUAAACAAUAGGCAUAACUACGUUUGUGUAGAUGAAAUAUUUGUACUCUAAGCAGAAAUAAGAGCGCAAAACCUUGUUUUAUGGAUCCGAGAUCACAAUUUAUAUUUUCUACUGCUCAGACGUUUUUCCAGCUGGACAGCAUAAACUUGAAUGAGCUUGAAAAUGAACAGCAUGUCAGUAGUUUUCUAGAUUGCCUAAAUAUUUUUACUCUUGCUUGCUAUCUCGGAAAAAACGGAAGUUUAUUGUUCUUUAAUGAGAUUGUACAUCAUGACAACACAAAACAAAUGCUGGUGUUUGUCAAAUUACAGCCAACCUACAUAAAUGAGAAAAAUUACAAAACAAACGUCAUGGUUUGUUCAAUUCCUGGUUCUCCAGUUCUUAGUUUCUACAACUCUAUUAGCAAAUUAUUCGCACCUUUGCUACUAAAAGGUGAUGAUAAAUCAAUGUUACAAGACCCAAAGAUACAAAUAGCUCUGACCAACCUGGCUGCUGGACUGUCUGCCGUCGUUAGUGAGAGUGAUGGUUCUGAAAACACGACAAGUAUUUCCACACUCACGGAUGAAGUUAAUUAUUGGCGCAAUAAAUCAAGAUGCUGUUCAAAUAAUAAUGUAGAUGAAAUGAAGCAGUGCGAGUUUUUUGUAUCCCUUCUUGAAAGUCCAGCCAAAGAAUGCAAUCGUAUUGAGUCUUUAUCUCAGUCAGCCUUGGAUUCAAAGAUUGACUCAUUAGGAUUGUCUACUCAUUGUGCCAAUUCCACUGAAAAACAGCCUUCUUUUGGAGUUUUUCUAACAGAUUUAAUUGACAUUCUUGACUCUCUUUUAAUAGACACGUUGGACGAACUAUGGAGAUGCACCGAUUCACGGGUAAAACAACCUUAUCCAGAGAACAGGAUGCGCCAACUUAUUGAAAGUUUGAGUUACUGGACAAUACGCAUGAUCCAAGGUUUUCUGGGAAGUGUUCAGACGUUGUCAGAGAAAACCAAAAUAACCAUCUCAAGUUUAUGGACGUUGCCUUUUGAUGAAGUUAAACAAGCUAUUCAACUAAGCAUCGAAGCAUGCGAACGAUGGAUAAAAUCUACUGGUUUAUUAACUCAACAAUUAUGGCCAUGUUAUACACCACAUCCAUGGAAUGGUCCAUUACCGAAUUUGGCAUAUCUAAUCCAGUUUAAAAAUCGAUUGAAUGAAAUACUUAACUUACGAGGUUUAUAUGAACAAUUAUAUUAUUUUACAACACCCAUUGAACAUAAUCAAUUCAAAAUGGAUUCUGGAUUACCUAGUAUCAUAUUUAACACAUUAGAAUUUGACAAUAUAAAACAAGAGACAAUAUCACCAAUAUUAAAACAAAUUAUUAAUCCAUUAGCAUAUAAUCCUUAUACAGUUGAACAAUGGCAAUCUGUUAUACAACUAAUUGAUAUACGUCUUCAACCAAUUGAAGAAUGUGCAACUAAUAGAUUUAGAACAAAAUUACUAAGUUUAUCAAAUAAAGUUGAUUCUUCUGGUGUUACUUAUCCCAGUCGAAUUGUUUCAAAUCAAAUUUUAAUGGAAUUCCAGAAAUUUCAAUAUUUAAUUCAUCGUCCUAUUGCUGCAAAAAUUUUACAAUCAGAAAGAGAAUUACUCCUUGGUUAUUUGGAAGUUUCAUUGAAAGAGUUUCAUGAAGAAUUUUUAGCUAAAUCAAGUACUACUAACUCAAAUCAACAUUAUCAUCAAGAACAAUCACAAAAGAAAUCCUCAAAAAUGGUAGCUAAAAAUAUUUCGGAUUGUAUAAAUCAAAUGCUUUGGGGAGGACAGAUGAAAUGUCGUAUACAAGAGGAAUUUACACUUGUAAAAUUUCUUCUAUCUGAUUUACAACGUUUCAGUGUAUAUGAACAGGAAGCGCUGAGUUUAAUUGAACAAAUUGAAGGCUGGCACAAUGAACAAUUUCAAGCAUGGUCGCGUGAUAGACUCUUAUCACUUUCAACAACAAAGGAAUCAAAUCAUUGUUCAUUAGCAUUUGAUCCAAAAGGUCCUCUGUUGAAUUUAUCUACAGUUGAUGGUCAUUUAGAAGUCAGAUUCCCAGAUGGUUUAGUGCAGUUACAACGAGAAGUGAGACUAUUGUCUGGAUUAGGCUAUCCGAUACCUUAUAAACUAAUACAAGCUACAAAUGAAGCUGAAAAGAUAUCACAAUAUGCAGUAAUGUUGAGACAGGUAGCUCAUUUCUAUAAUUCUAUUGAUAGUGAAAUGUUACCAUUUCAAAAACCUUUAAUGCUUAAUUCAGCAUUAGCAUUUGAACGUCUAAUUAAAUUACAUAAUUGUAAACAAAAUUUUACUAAAGAAAAUUUAUUAAAUCCAAUUACAUGGAAUCAAACUGAACAAGUACAACAAUAUAUUCAACAAUUACAACAAGCAACUCAACAAUUAAUAAUUGAAAAUCGUCGUCUACGUAAAGUACAUUAUAUGCUCAUAGAAAGAAUUAUCAAACUAUUGGAUAUUGAUUUACUACGUAAUCAAUCUAAAUGGAGAAAUGAAUUGAAUGAAAUGCGAUAUCAAUUAUCUGAAAUUGCUACCAAUGGUGGCUAUCCAGCUGAUCAUAUGGCACCAUGGAGAGCAUUUUUAGAUCAUCAAUUAUACAAAGUAUUGGAAUAUCAGUAUAGAAGAGGAUUAGAAGAAAUUAGUGAACGAAUGCCUGAAAUGCGUGUUGAUAUGGUUUAUAUACAAUCGUGUUUAGCAUUUAGACCACCAUUUGAAGAAAUAAAAGCUAAAUACUAUCGUGAAUUAAAAAAGUUCAUUUGUAUUCCGAACAAUUUCCGUGGAUUCAAUGAAUUUAUACCAUCUGUUGGUGAUAAUUACAGUAAUAAUAACAGAACAGAUAGUACGACUACUACUUCUAAAUCUAAUAUUGACAAACAUAUAUUCUCAUGUAUAAUUGAUAAUCAAGAAAGUGGCCUACGUAUAUGCUAUAGAAAAGCUGAAUUUUUAUUUACUCGACUAUUUGGUAGUUUAGAACAAUUUCAAGAUUGGGUUAUAUUAGGUAAUUUAAAUUUAGACGAUUUUGUGGAUUUACAUUGCCGUGAUUUAGAAGAUUAUGAAAGGAAUUUCAAGGCUCUGAAAAUACGUAGUCGUGAUGUAGAAAAAUUGCCAAAUGAAAUACGUAUUGAUUGUAUUAUAGUGAAUUGUUUACCAGUUAAAACAGCUAUUGACGGUUUACUUCAGAAUUUAUUCGACACAUUACAAAAUUGUCUACGUCGAUCAAUUCACGGUGAUUUAGUAGCUGUAGAUGGAUUUUUAACAGAUUCGUUAGAAAAGCUUUCCAGCCGACCUCAAACAAUUGAUGAAUUGAUUGCAGCUAAAUCACAAUACAAUGAGUACAGUAAAACAAUCAAUCAUUUAAAUGAUCAAAUUCAAUGUGCUGAAAGAAAAAAUCAACUACUUUGUGCAGUAUCCGGUAAUAAUGUUACCACUAUAGCUGCAGUAAAAACGAAAUGGGAAAAAUUCAAUACAAUGAUGGAAAGUUUUCAACUUAUGAUGAAUGAACAAUUAGAAAUUUUAAAGUCAAAUGUCAUCAAUGAAACAAAUGUUUAUUUUAAUAAUUUGGAACGAUUUCAAAAUCGUUGGAAUCAACUUAAACCAGGCAAAAAUGUAUUAGAUUCUAAUAAUAGUAAUAAUGAAUUAUGUCUAUCAGCUGUAACAAUUAUCAAAGAACAUGAAACUGAAUUUCGUGAAUUAGAAUUGAUGCGUCAAAAGUUAAUACGUGAUUAUGAGUAUUUCGAUAUGCCUAAACCAGAAUUUUCAUUGGUUACUGAAUUAGCCAAUGAUUUAAAUGAUUAUUCACUUAUGUGGUUAGAAUAUGAUAAUUUUUCUAAGGAACUUCAAAACUAUGCCAAAGAAGAUUGGAUAUCAUUUAAAUCACGUUAUUAUGUAUUUGAAGAAUUUUUAACAGAAUGGUCUAAUAAACUUCGUUCUUUACAACCAACUCCAAUGACUAUUCGAUUACAAAAAGAAAUUGAUGGAUUUAUGGAUCUUAUACCAGUAUUGAAAUGGUUAAAAGGUGAUCAUCUAACUCGUGAUCACUGGUUUGAAUUAUUUCGUUUAAUUGGAUUAUCAAAAGAAAUAAAAUUAGAAAAUUUAUUAUUUGGUGAUUUUUUUCCAAUUAUACCUAAUAUAAUUAGUCAAUCUGAUAUGCUAAAGUCUCUUUCACAACGUGCACAAGCUGAAAUUGUUGUUAGAGAAGCUUUACAAGAAUUAGACUUAUGGGGUUCUGGUACUACAUUCACGCUAACUGAAUAUAUUGAUAGUUCUGGACAAACUGUGUACUUGGUAAAAGAUUGGAAAGAAAUUGUUAGUCAGGUUGGAGAUAAUCUGGCUUUAUUGGCUUCAUUACAAGAUUCACCAUAUAUUGAUAAUUUUUUGGAUAGAUCCAAUGCUUGGGUACAACGUUUAACUGACUUGGAUUAUUGUUUGACUAGAUUUCAAUUGGUACAACGUAAAUGGGUUUAUUUAGAACCAAUCAUGGGUCGUGGUGCUUUGCCGAAAGAAACCGCACGAUAUGCACAAAUCGAUGAAGAAUUUCGUAAACUAAUUGGUUAUUUGAAAGUAGAUAAUCGUGUUAUUAGUUUAGUUAAUGGCAUGAAAGGUAAAGCUUUGAAGGAUACAUUAAAUAAUUUACAGGAACAAUUAGCUCGAUGUCAACGUGCACUAAAUGAAUAUUUAGAAGAAAAACGUAAUAGAUUUCCACGUUUUUAUUUUCUUGGUGAUGAUGAUUUAUUAGAAAUAUUAGGUCAAUCAACUAAUCCAAAUAUUAUACAAACACAUUUAAAGAAAUUAUUUCAAGGAAUACAUUCGGUACAAUUCAAAAAUCAUAAUCAUGAUCAUGAUCAUGAUCAACAACAUCAUCAUCAUCAACAUCAUCAAAAUACUGAAAAUUUAAAAAUGGAUCAAAAUCAAUUAUCAACAAAUAUUAUAACAAUAUGUUCAUCUGAAGGUGAAAUGAUUCAUUUACAUAAAUCAAUUCAAUUAACCAAUGAAAUUGAAAUUUGCCUUGAAAAAUUAACCAAUGAAAUGAAAAUAACAUUAAAUGAAUUAUUAAUUCAAUGUUUAAAUGAAUAUUCAAUAAAAAAUCAAUAUCAAUUUAAUUCAAAUAUAUAUCCUGAACAAAUUUUAAUAUUAUCAGAAGCAAUUCAUUUUUGUAAAAAUGUUGAAAAUGCAUUAAAUUGUGGAGAAUUAAGUCGACUUAAAAAAGAUUUACAAUCUCAAUUAGCUAUGUACACUUCAGCUAAACAACAAAAAACCAUGAAAACAAAUGAACAUUGUACAAAUUCACAAGAAUCAAAUGUCCAAUAUUCAACUCAUUCACGUUUACAAUCUUGUAAAUUAAGCUCAUUAAUACUAGAUAAAAUACAUUCAAUUGAUAUAAUUGAUCAGUUGAUUCGAAAUGGUGCAGUUAACCCAAAAGAUUGGAUAUGGCAACGUCAAUUACGAUUUUAUAUUAAUAACAAUCAGAAUUCCAUGUACAACUAUACAACUAAAAUAAAAAAUGAUAAUAAUAAUAAUAAUUCAAUGAAAACAUCUAUAUGUAUGGCUGAUGCAGAAUUUUUAUAUACUUUUGAAUAUCAAGGCAAUUCACCACGUCUAGUACAUACUCCAUUAACCGAUAAAUGUUAUUUAACUUUGACACAAGCUAUGCGUAUGGGUUUAGGUGGUAAUCCUUAUGGUCCAGCUGGUACUGGUAAAACAGAAUCUGUGAAAGCUCUUGGCUCUAUGAUGGGCCGUCAGGUUCUUGUUUUCAAUUGUGAUGAAGGUAUUGAUUUACGUUCUAUGACGAGAAUUUUUGUUGGAAUAGUGAAAUGUGGUGCUUGGGGUUGUUUCGAUGAAUUUAAUCGAUUAGAAGAAUCUGUUCUAUCUGCUAUUUCAAUGCAAAUUCAGAUUAUUCAAGAUGCCUUGAAAUGUGGCACACCACAAAUCAAUCUACUAGGUCGUACUACUAAUGUUGACCCUAAUUCAGGGUUAUUCAUCACAUUGAAUCCCAUCGCUAAAGGAUAUGGUGGACGUCAAAAACUACCAGAUAACUUGAAACAAUUAUUUCGACCAGUUUCAAUGACAAAACCAGAUGUUGAUUUGAUAGCUGAAAUGAUUUUAUUUUCUGAAGGAUUUUCCAAUGCUCAAAUAUUAAGUCGUAAACUGGUGUCUGUUUUCUCAUUGGCAAAACAACUUCUCUCAGUACAACAACACUAUGAUUGGGGUUUGAGAGCAUUAAAAACUGUCUUACAUUGUGCUGGAACACUUUUACAUAAUGAUAAACAAAAUUCAAAUGAAUUAAGCAAUCAUAAUGAAAGACAAGAUCAACAAAAUUCUUAUGAAUAUGAAGCACAAUUUGUAAUACAAGCAACUAAAACAAAUACAUUAGCUAAAUUAACAAAUUCUGAUGCUAAACAAUUUGAAAAUCUCAUUAGAGAUGUAUUUCCUAAUUUGUGUUUACAUAAUGUACAGUUUAAAAAUCAGGAACUGACCAAACUCAUUGAUUCAAUGCAUUCAGUAGUAAGAGAACAUAAUAUGAUAUUAGUAGAAGCCCAGAUUCAAAAAGCUAUCGAAUUAUAUGAACAAUUAUCACAACGUAUGGGUGUUGUUUUAGUUGGACCAUGUAGUUCUGGGAAAUCAACAAUUUUAAAUUUAUUACGUUUAGCAUUGAAUAAAAUGGGAAUAUCAAUACGUUCACAUAUAUUUAAUCCUAAAUCAAUGUUACGCGUACAGUUACUUGGUCAAAUUGAAGCAGACACUAGAGAAUGGACAGAUGGUGUACUUACUCAUAGUGCAAGAUGUGUUGUCAAAGAAUGUAUGGAUCAAAAAUGUUGGAUUAUAUCAGAUGGUGAUAUUGAUCCUGAAUGGAUUGAAUCAUUAAAUUCUGUAUUAGAUGAUAAUCAUUUAUUAACAUUACCAAGUGGUGAACGUAUACAAUUUGAUACAAAUGUAAAUUUUCUAUUUGAAACACAUGAAUUAAUUCAUGCAAGUCCAGCUACCAUAUCAAGAAUGGGUGUUGUAUAUGUAAGUGAUGAAGCUACUAAUUCACAUGCAUUUGUUGAAGCAUGGUUAAUGAAUCAACCAGAAAUUGAGCAAAAUCAACUAAAAUAUUUAAUAGAUUCAAUAUUUUACAAAUGUUUAGAAUGGGUCUAUCAAAAGAAUGAAUUUAUCGUUGAUACUAGUCCGGCUGCCAUAAUAUUCACUGGUCUUUCUCAUCUAGUUGGAGCAAUUACACCAGCGUUAUUUACUGUAGGGUUAAUACGUGGAUUAGGUGCAAACCUUACAGAAUCUGCCCGUAAUGAAUUAGCUAUCAAAGUAUAUGAAGCUACAGGGGAAAAUCCACCUGAUAUAACUAGACCUUUGGAUGUACAGGUGGACCCAAAUAAUCCAAAUCGCUUAAUUUCAUAUUCGACAGAAACUAGUGUUGUAAUACUUGGGAAAUCCAUCCCACAUUCGACUGGGUUUAAUUCCCGAUAUUCUGAAAUACCAUUUAAUAUAUGCAUUGAAGAUCCAGUCAUAGCAAAUGCGAUAGCUGACAGUCUAGCUUCUGGUCACUCACCGUUAGUUUUAACACCUGAUGUCAGACGAUCUAUUGAUUCAUUCCGUUGCUGGUUAAAUAAUCCACUGUCGAAACAGUCAUUUUUAUUAGUUGGUCCUGAAGGAUGCGGUAAAACUCUUCUAUUAGAUUAUUGUUUUGCUACAAUAUCUCAAUCAGUUCAUGUCGUCACUGUUCAAUGUUCAGCGCAAACAACACCAAAUCAUAUUUUAGAUAAAUUAAUGCAAUAUUGUAUUUGUGUUAUAAGUACAACUUCAAAAAUGUCUAGUGGGCGUGUAUUACGUCCUAAAGAAGGUGAUCAACUUAUUUUAUACUUACGUGAUCUUAAUCUACCUAAGCCAGAUAAAUGGGGAUCAUGUCAGUUAAUUGCAUUUUUACAACAAAUACUUACUUAUCAAGGAUAUUAUGAUCCAACCAGUUUAGAAUUUAUUAGUAUUGAGGGAAUCCAGUUUGUUGGCAGUUUUACACCGUCUACCACAUCAAUAGGACUUGGACGUUACUCCUUAUCGAAGAGAUUCACAUCGGCUUUACGUUUAUCUGUGAUAAACUAUCCUGAUAAAGAUCAGUUGAUUAAUAUAUAUGCUUGCUUAUUACAAGCUAUCAUUGUUUCUAAAUUACAAGCAAAUAACCAAUCAUUUGGUUCCAAACAAUUAAAUCAUGAUCAUGGGAUAAAACAUAGUACUCAUAAAACAAUUGUCAAUCCAGCUAGAAUACAUAAUAUGUCUACUAUAAUGAUUCAAAUAUUAUCUGAACUACAACAUAAUUUUCGUGCUGAUGAAUAUGCCCAUUGUGUAUUUACACCUCAUUUAUUAACUCAAUGGGUAACUGGAUUACUGCGCUACGAUUUAAAUAUAUCAGUCAAUUACAUCUGGGCAGUAUUCGGUUAUGAAGCAAAACGAUUAUUUCGUGAUUGCUUGCCCGGUGAGAAUGCACGUCAUCAAUUCGAUGUAUUAUUCAAUAAAAUUUUAUGCAGCUGUUUGAAUGGAAUUGAUAAUGUUGAUGAUCUACCUAAGCAAAAACAUAGGUGGGAAUUAUCAAAUGAAAAAUGUGAUGAAGUGCAAAUCACAUUAAAGAUGGCUACGGAGGAUUUUGAAUUAGUUGAAAAUGAAGAACGAAUUAAUCAAUUUGAUAAUGAUGAUGAUCUUAUUAAAAACGCUAUGUGUUGGUUUGUCACAUGGAAUGGGAAGCACCAAUUACCACCAGGUAGCCCAAUGCCAUUACAUGGCCGACCACUAGGAUCUAUAACUUAUACGCAAAUGAAAGAAACAGUCCUGAAAGGGUUAAAACAAUUAGCCAGAGAAAAAUCUCCACAAGCUGAAAAUUUAGUAUUAUUCCCAGAUUUCAUUGAUUAUAUAUCACGUAUUGAUCGUGUGCUUAGUCGUCCAUCAGGUUCAUUAUUACUAGCCGGUAGAUCUGGUAUAGGCCGUAGAUCUGCUCUCAAUAUAGUCGCUCAUAUACAUCAGCUGAAUGUUUUCCGUUUACUCACUGGUCGUGAUUAUCAAAUGCGUCAAUUUACUACUGAUAUCAAAACAGUAUGCCAAGCAGCAGGUAUUGAAAAUCAGCCAACAUUAUUAAUUAUUGAAGAUUAUCAAUUGACAAGUGACUACUUCUUGGAAAUUAUUAAUAGUCUUUUGGCGUGUGGUGAAGCAAGUGGUUUAAUUAGCUCUGAUGAGUUAGAAACACUCAUUUCUAGUGCUGCAUCAAAAAGUGGAGUGAAUUUCAAAGAACAAGCAGCUGAAGCUGGGCAUCGUGGACCACUAACUGCUUUCUUUGCUGAACGCAUUCAUAAGAAUCUCCAUUUUGCCAUUAUUCUAGAUAUAGAUGAUUAUGAAUUAUUCAGUAAUUGGUUACAAUCAAAUCCUUCAUUUUAUAAAUAUUGUUCUGUUCAAUGGAUGGAUUGUUGGUCUAAAUUUAGUUUACUUCAAAUUCCUAAACUACUGAUACCUAAAUCUUGUAUACCGAAUAACACAAAUAGUUUUAUUCAAGCUUGUGUCAACAUUCAUAAUUCAGCUCCUUAUCCUCAUAUGAUGACGCCCACACCACGUCACUUUAUUUCAUUAUGCAAUAAUUAUGCCCGAGUGGAACAAAAUCAUAGACAAAAAUUACAAUCAGAAGUUAAACGACUAAAAAGUGGUUUAAUUAAGUUGAAAGAAGCACGUGAACGUGUAACACAAUUAAAACAGCAUGCAGUUGAACAAGGUGAACUGCUGGUUGAAAAACAAACUGAAGCUGAUAAAGCUUUAGAGCAAAUAAGCGCUUCAAUACAGGGUGCAGCUGAACAACGUUCAGAAAUGGAGAAAUUACAAAGUCGGACAACAGAUGAAUCUACUCGUUUAGAACGUCGAAAAUUGGAAAUUGAUGCAGAACUCAAUGAAAUCGAACCAUUAGUUCAUCAAGCUAGAUCUGCUGUUGGAAAUAUCAAGUCAGAAGCUUUGUCUGAAAUUCGUGCAUUACGUGCACCACCGGAUAUUAUACGUGAUAUAUUAGAAGGUGUUUUAUUACUUAUGGGCAUACGUGAUACAUCAUGGGUUAGUAUGCGUGGAUUUUUAGCUAAAAGAGGAGUUCAAGAGGAGAUUUUGAAUUUUGAUGCUAGAAAAAUUACACCAGAUUUACGUCUUAGUGUUGAGGAGUUGUUAGCGAAAAACCAAGAAUCAUUUGAACCAAAGGUCGCUAAACGUGCAUCCGUCGCAGCUGCUCCUUUAGCCACAUGGGUUCGUGCUAAUGUACAAUAUGCUAAAGUGUUGGAACGUAUUGCUCCGUUAGAAGUAGAGCAUGCUAAAUUAAAACAAUCAUUAAUUCAAGCUGAAAAUUCAUUGAUAAGUUUAACCAAAGGUUUAAGUAAUGUAGAUUCUAACGUAGCUAAUCUACGGACUGUUUUUGAAAAGCGUACAUCCGAAGCAGCAAAUUUAAAAAUGGAGCUUGACAAAACACGUGAAACAUUGUUGUCAGCUGAAACAUUAGUCGGUGAAUUAGAAAGUGAGCAUACACGCUGGGAGAAUCAGAUCAAUGAAAUAACUAUACAGUUAACUAGUCUACCACCAUUCGCACUGAUAGCAUCUGCAUUCAUAACCUAUUUAUCAUCUUGUCCUGAAGAUGUUCGUCGGCAACAAAUUGCAAAUUGGAUUAAAGAUUUAACCAAUCUUGGUAUAAUGCCAACAUCUUUAUCUUCUGAGGUAAACAAUGUUCACACAUCAAGUCAAGAUUUUGAUUUACGUAGAUUUUUAUCUACUGAACAUGAGCAGUUAUUAUGGUAUAGUCAAGGUCUAUCGUCAGAUCAAUUAUCAGGAGAAAAUGCCGUUACUAUUGUACAUACUACAAUGUGUCCACUCAUUAUUGAUCCGUCGUCAAGAGCAUUAAACUGGUUAAAGGUUUAUUUGAAAGACCAACGUUUAGAAAUUGUAAAUCAACAAAGCCCAAAUUUUAUAACAACAUUAGAAUUAGCUGUUAGAUUUGGAAAAUGUUUAAUUGUACAAGAAGUUGAUGAAAUUGAACCGAUACUUAUGCCACUAUUAUCAAAAGAUUUAAUCUUACAAGGAUCACGAAAUUUCAUAAGAAUUGGUGAAAAAUUAAUAGAUUAUCAUCAAGAUUUUCGUUUAUAUCUAUGUACACGUCAACCAUUACAAGGGAUAGAUUAUAUUCAACCAAUUAGUGCUAAUGCAUUAGUUACUAUUAUUAAUUUUAUUUCAACACGAACUGGUUUAAUAGAACAAUUAUUAGAAAUUACUUUACAAAAUGAAUGUCCACAAUUAGAAAAUCAACGUCAACAAUUAAUUCAUAAUGAAGAGAAAAUGAAAAUGGAAUUAGCUAAAUUAGAAAAUGAUUUACUAGAGGAAUUGUCGAAUGCUCAUGGUAAUAUAUUAGAGAAUAAAGAACUUUUGUCAUCAUUAAAUAAAACGAAGCAAUCAAGUUUAGUUGUAACGAAUUCAUUGAAAGAAUCCCUACGUUUACAAGCUGAAUUGAAUAAGGAGAGAAAUGUAUUUUAUCCAUUGGCUGAAACUAGCAGUCGACUUUAUUUCGCUUUGAAAGAUCUCAUCAAAAUUAAUUAUAUGUAUCAAUUCAGUUUAAACAGCUUUCUAUAUCUUUAUCAACGUGCUCUUUCUAUGCCACAUAAUACUGGACUGAAGACAUCGGAACGUAUUCAAUCAUUGCAAAAGCAUGUAGAACAAUUAGUUUAUGAAAAUGUCUGUCGAGCAUUAUUUAAACCAGAUCGUUUGAUGUUUGCAUUACACAUGGUUCGUACAAUGCGUCCACAAUCAUUAACAGAUGAAGAAUGGCUAUUUUUUAUUGGAUUAAAUGUAAUGGAAUCAUGUCAUACUGGCGAGAACAUUUACAGUUGGUUAGAUGCUGAACGCGGUCGUAACUUGAUGAAGUUUAAAACUGCACUUCCCAAUAUUUAUGAAAAUCUAUGUUUUGAAGAUUCUCACUUUUGGACGAAUUGGUUACAUGAAAAUGAUGUUGAAAUGAAACCAAUGCCUAAGAAUCUACAAUCCAAAUCAUUGACAGCUUUUCAUUUCACAGUUCUUGCAGUUCAAGCUCUUCGACCUGAUCGUUUAUAUUCUGCUAUGUUACAGUUUGCUAGUAGAACAUUAGAAAUACCUCAACUAAGUCCAUCAACUUUGAAUUUACACAGAUUAUUUGAAACUGAAACAAGAUCAACAGAACCUAUUCUAAUAUUAAUUAGUCCAGGAGCUGAUCCAUCACAAGAAUUAUCUGAAGCAGCUACACUUCAUUUCUCACGUAAAAUAUUUAAUAAAACAUCAGAGACAACCUCAUCACAUUAUCGUCAAAUUGCUAUGGGUCAAGGUCAGACCGACUUAGCCAUAAAAGAACUAUAUUCAGCUGCAAAGCAAGGUGAUUGGUUAUGUUUGAAAAAUUUGCACCUUGUUAUACAUUGGCUACCAGUAUUGGAGAAGGAAAUUAACACUUUAUUGUUGAAUAUCAAUAAGAAAAGUUCAAUUAGUCUUAGCAAUAAUGGUAAUAAUGAUAAUGAUGAUAAUUGUACUAUUAAUAAAUCUAUUGAUACUGAACAUUGUGUACAUGAUGAUUUCAGAUUGUGGUUAACUGCAGAACCACGUACCACAUUUCCAUCUACAUUAUUACAAGGUUGCCUUAAAAUAGCUUAUGAAGCUCCACCUGGAUUAAAACGGAAUCUACAAAGAACUUAUGAAACUUGGCCAAGAAACUAUAUAUCUCAAGGAAAUUCAAAGACUCGAGCAACUCUACUUGCGUGCCUUGCUUGGUUUCAUGCUGUUGUGCAAGAGAGACGAACUUAUAUUCCACAAGGAUGGACGAAAUUUUACGAGUUUACGUUUGCUGAUCUUCGUGCUGCAGCUGACGUAAUCGAUCGGUUAUUAUUGAUAGAUCAUGGUCAAAUAUCUAGAACAACUGAAGAUAUUUGGUCGUGGAUCUAUGGUUUAUUUGGUGAAUCAAUUUACGGUGGUCGUAUGGAUAAUACGGUGGACUUAAGUGUAUUAAAUUCUUAUCUAACUUCAAUAUUUAACGAUAAUACAGUGAGAAAUCGUCAAAUUGGUCCUCUCAAACUACCUGGUACAACUGAAUUAAAAGACUAUAUUGUUCAGAUUAAUACCUUACCUGAUCACGAUCUUCCUAUAUAUUUUAAUUUAUCACCUAAUAUUGAAAAUAGUAUGCAAAGAAGUGAAGCAAAUCGUGUAAUUGCUCAACUUAGAUUACUUAAUCGACCUUUAAUGGACACUAAACAUAAAUUUGAUAAAAGUCUAUGGAGUAAAGAAUUAGGACCAAUAUUGAUAUUAUGGAAGAAACUUAAUCAAGGUUUAAAUCUAUUACAAUCUCGAACAUCAAACAAAACUAACAAAUCUGUCCUGUCUAAGUCAGGUGACGAUAUCAGUUCUGAGAAUAAAUCAACAACUGAAAGUCCGAUUCAAGAAUUUUUACAUUUAGAAUUACAUAAUGCUCUUCAGCUUAUUCAACAUGUGCAUUUAAGUUUAGCUAGUAUUGCACGAGCAUGUAAAGGGACUCAGUUAGUAACUGGAGUUAUGCAUCAAUUAGCUAAUAGUUUAUUACAUGGUGAAACACCUGAUUCAUGGUUAUUACAAUGGCCUGAAGGACCGAAUGAAGUAGUCCCGUUCCUACGAGAAUUAGUUGUUAAAGCGAAUGCUGUACAAACGUGGACCAAACAGGCAGAAAAAAAUCUGUUUUCCAAUGAACAGAAUGUACAAUCUUUAGACUUAGCCAAUCUAUUUCAUCCGGCCACCUUUUUAAAUGCUUUACGUCAACAAAGUGCAAGACGCUUGAAUGUACCAAUUGACACACUUAAACUAUCAUGUCAAUGGCUGGAAUCAAAUGAUCGUAGGAAUAUAUCUUCUAGAAAUAGUCAAUCAUUACUAAUACGUAUUACGAAUUUGAAAUUGGAGGGUGCCAAUUUCCGAAAUGGUCAACUUAGUCAAAGUUGUCAAAAUGAUUCAAGUCUAAUUCAACUACCUGAUAUUUUAUUGAAAUGGAUUCAACAAGAUGAACAAGAUCCAUUGAAUGAAAGCAAUUCUAUUUAUUUACCAAUUUAUACAAAUAAUACUCGUGAACAUUUAGUAACAUUUAUUCGAGUCCCCUGUCCUUCAGGUAGUCAAAAUCAAUGGAUUCAAGCUGGAACAGCUUUAUUACUUAAUUGUUUGUAAUGAACAAUUUUGAUUGGUUAAAUUAUCUAUCUACAUUUAUUUCUUCCAUGGAUUACAUAGGCAUAAACACGUUUUGAUUAUAAUCAGUUAUGUGAAUAUGAAUUGUUCAUUAUACUUCGUUAGAUUCUCUGUUUAUACAACUAUAAUUGAUUAAUAUCGUAUUAUAUUGGUAAAGCGAAUAUGAUUUUUUUUUUAUUAUUUAAUAUCUUGUGUGUUUUGUAAAUGUUUAGUUAUAAAAAUUUAUCUGCUUAAAACUGGUUUGAGACGUUUUUCAUCACUGUGAGCAACAAUACAAGUGUAAAACACAACAAUAAGGAGGAGAAAUAUGUGUUUAUUGAGAGAAG